AUGAAGACAAUUAAAUCCAGCUUACACAUAACUAUUCCGCCCGGCGUCACCGUAAACGCCAUUAGGCGGCUAGUUAUCGUGAAAGGCCCUCGUGGCACAUUGAAGCGCAGCUUCACACAUCUUUCUGUGGACAUCAAGACCACCAAGAAACGUCUCACAGUUACGAAAUACUUUGGAGACCGGAAAGAAUUGGCUGCCGUAAGGACUGUGUGUUCUCACAUCGAGAACAUGAUCAAGGGCGUCACUGUUGGCUACCGAUACAAGAUGAAGUCCGUGUAUGCCCACUUCCCCAUAAAUAUGGUCGUAUCUGGUGACGGUUCAAAGCUCGAAAUCCGAAAUUUCCUUGGCGAGAAGAGCAAUAAGUUUGUAAACCUCGUUAGAGGUGUGAAGGUUUCGCAAUCUGGAGUGAAAGAUGAGAUUCAGCUCGAAGGCAACGAUAUUGAGGAAGUUGCUAAGUGCGCGGCUCAAAUUCACCAGUCCUGCAAAGUACGAAACAAGGAUAUUCGAAAAUUUCUGGACGGUAUAUAUGUAUCUUCCAAAGGUUAUGGUGCUGCGUGCCCAUCGGGAGCGAGAUGGACCAGGUUGUUAGUACUCGAAUUUACCGACCGGAAGGUCCGUGGUUCGAAUCCGACCUCUGCCUCUCGACUUCCCCUGUCUAGGCUUGGGCAACCUGACAGUAUCCCAGCCCUCGUGCCUCCUAUGGGUGGCAUGGCAGUUAGGCGCCGAAAGGGUGCUACAGCUGAACGAUGGUGGCAUGCCCAUCCAAGGUGA